ACACACUGACACACUGAUUGAGACAGACAGCGGCUACUGACUAACACACAGUCAUCAUGUCCACUGGUGGAGAGAAGUCCAAGCCCGCCUCCCAGCCUGAUGGAAAGGCUGCUCAGACUCAAAAGAGAACCGAGAUGGGUGUGGGAAAUUACAAGAUGUUUGUGUUUGAUCAGGAGAACUUCCAGGGCCGCAUGAUCGAGAUCUCCAACGAGUGCAUGAACGUGUGUGAAAUGGGCAUGGAUAGAGUGCGUUCCCUCCGCGUGGAGUGUGGCCCUUGGGUGGGUUGGGAACAGAUGAACUUCUGCGGAGAGAUGUACAUCUUGGAGAAGGGUGAGUACCCCCGUUGGGACUGCUGGAGCAACUGCCACAGGAAUGACUACCUGCUGUCCUUCAGACCUAUCAGAAUGGACCCAGAAAAGCAUAAGAUCUGUCUGUUUGAAGUCGGUGAGUUCAAGGGCCGUAAAAUGGAGAUUAUGGAUGACGAUGUGCCCAGUAUGUACACCUUCGGCUUCACCGACCGCGUUGGCAGCAUCAUGGUCAGCUGUGGCACUUGGGUGGGUUACCAGUAUCCUGGUUACCGUGGCAGCCAAUACCUCCUGGAGAAGGGUGAAUACCGUCACUUUAAUGAGUUUGGCGCUCGUCAUCCCCAAUUUCAGUCCGUCAGGCGCAUCCGUGACAUGCAGUGGCACCCAGACGGCUGUUACACUAUGGCCACCAAGUGAGGGCUAGGGAGGACGAGAAAGAGAGGGAACAGGGGAGAGAGAAAGAGAGGAGGAGGAGGAGAUGAAGGAGGUGGAGGGGGGAGGGCCAGGAAGGAGAGGAGGAGCGCACCACCCGAAUGAGUCAUCCUGGGAAGGGAAAGAAGGAGAGAGGGCUUUGCAA